UAAUUCAAUGUCAAGGUCAGUCAGACCUUGUACAUUUGUAGUUGUCAACGGACUUCAGUAUUCACACAGAUUCUCACAAACAGUAAGGCGGAUGUUAGUGUGUAUGUGAGAAGGACAGUAGAUUUUCAGAGAACAGAUACCUUCCACUAUGGAGUGGAGCUUAAUGAACCCUAUUGGUCUGUUAGAGACCGAGAUGGGUUUUAUGGCCAAUGGAAUAUACUUUGUAUCCGAUGAAUGCAAAGAGACCCUUCAAGAAAUGUUGAGUCUGCUGCUAACAUCAGACGGCGAUGAUGGUGAGAUCAGACAGAAACUUGGACAGCAGGACAUUAUUAGAAAGGAUCUUCUGCCUCUCCUCAUGGCCUUAGAGGAAGACUCCGAACUGUUUGAGGCGGCCAUUGAACUUCUCUCGCUUCUAACUCAACCCUUGAGUCUCGGACAAAAUAGCCAUCUGGAGCAAUUUGCGGAGCAGGCGCGGGCCAGGGCGGUGCUCAUCUUACUUAAACAAGCUGACGACGUCUGCUGGAGUGUGGAGUUCUUUGCUAAGAUAAAGAAAGAAGUUAUGAAUCGUCUGGAAAUGGCCUCAAAUGGUGUCCUGAAUCCUUUGGAUUGUGAAACUAUCAACUACUGUCUAUUGCUGAUCCGAAACUUGUUCUACUUUGGAGAAACGGACCGAAAAGAACACAUCAAUAACUUCAAACUAAGAAUGAUCUUUGAAAGUGGACUGGACAAGAUGAUAAUGGCAAUUAUUCGGCAUCCCCAGAAGAUGACGUUCACCGUGUCUAUUGUUCAGAUCCUCUCCUUCCUCUAUAAAGAUAAUGUUAGGAUCCUGCUGCGACCUGCUGCACAACAAGCAAUGUCCUCCCAGCCGAUCCCCUCCGUGGACUCCGAGGAGGAGCAGUGCUUGCAGGCAAUGGCAAACAUGGGCCUGAACCAAAUUGAUAUGGGGGGCCGUCUGUCCCCCACAGCCGACCUUGAGGAUCCGACCGUACAGCGGCGCUACAUCACCGCCAUAAUGGACACCAUGGAGCUCAACAAGCCGAAGGUGGAGGAAGUAGGUGUCCACCAUAGCAGUCAUCAUUACCCAGGCCUGCAAGUGUCGGUCCAUUGCAACGUGGACCCCUCUCUGGAGGAUGUCGUUGGACAAUAUUUGACUGACCUUGCACAACAGUUUCUCGCCGAUGGAUACGCUGGUUUUAUUGGAGAUUUGUCGAAACUUACCUUGUCAUCGAACAGCAGAAUAUUGGACAAUUCCUACCUACUAUGGAGCAUAUCAUUUUUCCUCCGCUUCGCUAGACAACAGGCCUUGCCCGUCAACAGUCUUGUAAAGUGCCUGGACGGUAACCUGGUAUCCUACCUAGUGUACAUCGCUGUCGAUUGCUGCGAAAAGCAGUGGUCACUUCAACGCCAGAAGCAGUGGUGUGACCUCACACAAAAUAAACUCCACCUCACUGUUCUGUCUCUGAUGCAACUGUUCCGCUUGACGCUCUCUGCUAUAGAGGAUCCAGAGAGCCAGCAUCUCAUAACCUCCAGCAUCAAAGAGAGUCUAAUGGGGAUGACCCACCUACGUGAAGUCUUUGUGCUUCUGCUAAGGCAGCAUCGCUGCCCCAACCAGGGCAUUGUCUACCUCCGCAACCUUAUCUGCGCCAACCACCACCUCCUUCUGAUCUUGGAGAAGUGGGGCGCUGAUAAGACAAUUGCAGGCAACUUUUCAAUGUUGGAACAUGUCAAAAAGUUUGCCACAGUUGAGAUUAUGGCAAAAUACGGCCAAGCCUUAGAGAACUUUGAGCAGAAUGAAAAUGACCUGAAUGAAUGCAUACUCACAAUGAUGCAUCAUAUUGCCGGGGAUUGCAAUGAACCUCACUGCCUCAUGCAACUCCCCAUCAUGAGAACGUUCUCGAACAUGUUGGAACAAAAGCAUCUCCUUUCAUCAGAUUUCAGCGACCUCAUCGAGUAUGUGUUGGAACAGUUUAUGAUCUUCGCUGAAGAAAAGCCUCUUGUAACAGCACAGAUGCUCUUUGGAAUUCAAGAAAAAGAGACUGUCAAGCCGAAAUGUAACUGGUCAUCGGUGGAAGAGGAAGUGCUUAUGUCGAGUAUUCUCAGUCUCACUGAGAGCGACAACAUCAUUGCAGAUCUGAAAUACGCUCUGAGUCACACAGGCUUUGAACGAACGGAGCAGGAAAUCGAAGAGUUCAUCAAGGACAGUGGUUGGCUGCAGGAAGAUACCUCGAUGGAGACAGUGGCCUACUCAGGGAAAGAGAACACACUGGAGGAAGAUGUGAAAAUGAAGAUUAUUGAUGAGCUCUCCCAGGUACCGGAAGAAGAUCUCAUCGAUCACCUUGUCUUACGACUGAAGAGUAAUGGCCACCAACAACAUCUCACAUGGCUGCAAGAAAACCUGUUUGAGGCUGCCAAUGCUAAAAACUGUGUGAUGGGAAACUCGACAGACACGAUACGGGAACCGGUCACUCGAAUAUGUUCAUUUAUGAAGAAGGAUAUUCCCCUCAUCUUUGUCACAGAGGACCACGAAAAAAUAUGUCAUAAUGUCUACUUCUUUGCCUUAUUAAACACCCUGGACUUAAAGGUGGGCUCAAGUAAUGAACAAUUUGUUUUCCCAAGAGUGCCAUAUGAUUGGACGACGUCAGACUUGAUACAGAAAAUGAAGACGUUGGGACCUGUUCCUAAUGAAAUUAGAGAGGUGGAUCGGGUGGAGGAAUUAGCAGUCAAGUUGUCUAUGGAAACGACUAAAGAAAGCGAGUUCCCAGAGUAUGAAGCCAAAGAAUCAAGAAUAAAUAUAAUAAUUCAGUUCUGUGAAAGAUGUGAAACUACCGGACAAAGAAUGGAUGUCAUGUGUUCAGGAAGCGAAUAAAUAUCAGGAAUGUCAGCAGUAUCAGGUCACCAUGGAAACAAACUGAUGAUGAUGAGCUGUGAGAGUGGAUGUUUUGUGAGAACCAUAGAACUCAUUGUCUCAACACUCAACACCCAUGGAACUCUUACUGGAUGGAGAAAUUUAUACAUUUGGUAAACAUCAUGACGCUGGUCACAAUACAGACAUAUAGUCUGUCAUUUUCAAAUGGGUAAAAGAAAUAUAAACCAUUUUGUGAGAAAUAGCAUUAAUAUACAAUAGAACCCAUGAUGGAACCAGAACUACUUAUCUUUCUGUUUGACAGAUAUUUAUGGCUAAUGUGCAAAGAGCCUGGAGGCCAAAUAUGAACUCUUUUACUCAGGGUUCAUGGUUGACCCUUGAAGUAGAAGUUUGAACAAGAAUUUGAACAUUAAUAUUGUAAAAUAUAUUUUUAAGUAGACGAAGUUUGGCCAAUGCUCAUCUGUGUAAGAUGAUGAAUUAAUAUUGUGUUCAAGAGUAAGUAUUAAAAUUAUGAUAAUUAGGGACAAAUUAACAUCUUAUUUAAGAGAUGUCUCCCUUGCGACACAUCUGGUCAAGCUCUUCCCCGCGUGUGACAUCUUGGGUACACUCUCGGUAACAUCGCUGCCACCAGUGUUGGUGUGGACAUUACAAGAAUCUUGAAAUUUACCCUCCAACCCCAAAUGUAGUAACGUUUAUGCUUUUGUUUAUGUCUUUGGGAAUGCCAUCAUAGUGAAUUUUGAAAAGGUUUACGACUGACCAUAUUUCCCAGAUGAACUUACCUAUUUGUUUGUUUGAUCAGAUUGGAUUGAGAUUCCAGACUAACGGAAAAUCACCCAACCCCCUCCUUAUGUUCCUACUAUACCAUUUACAUGAUAGUUGAAAUGAAAUAGAAAUUCAAAAUGACAAACAAAGAAAACAUUUUAGCUGUGGUAAAAGUAAUCGGCGUCGCUUAUUUGUAAACAUAACGGUCAGUCCAACUCCAAGCAUGGUUGUGGUCAACUGUCACAGUUGGGAGCUUUGACUGGUGGCAGCGAUAGUAUAGGGAGCUCAGCGAACGGGCUAUCGCUGUGAGGAGCUUGACAUCUGGUUUGGGAGUUGUCUCCCUUGUUACUCACCUGGUUUGGGAGUUGUCUCCCUUGUGACAUAUCUAGAUGGGAGUUGCCUCCCUUAUGAUCUUGACGUUAUAGCUACAAUAUUCAUGUGAGCAAAUGUGGGUUUUGUAUGUUGUCUCAUCUGGAGACUAUGACUGUUUCUGUAUGUAGCUGUUUCCAGACUGUUUGUAUGUUACAUUUAUCACUUGAGAAUCGUUACUUGUCAACGGUAAUAAAUGUACUGACAAGAGAAUGGUGAUGUUAUCACAAGUUCAUGAUGAAAGAUCUAACUAGUUGGAUAUUUGUUCCAUGAGAAGUUUCAUUCUCCUAAAAUUAAUGGUAGUACCAUUUUUCAUGUAAUACAUAACCUGCUCCAAUACCCAGUGUUUUGAAAAGGGUAAUUUUUGGCUCACAGAAAUUUUUGAAUUUUGAAAUUUCGAAAAACUUUGAAAUAUUGGUAUAAAAUUUCUCAACAACUAUAUAUAUUUCUUUCAUGCACUUGAAAGUUUUGGACUUCUGGGGCCACAAAGGGAUAGCAGCUCUAUGCCGAUUCUAAGGAAUCGUGUUUAGAAAGGAAUGGGCAUUACAGUGAUUUUUGCACUAGGGUUGCUUUGUGGAACAGAGUCCUGAUAUGAUCAAAUAUAUAAGUAUUGUUAAAUUAACUGAAAAAAUCUAAGAAUGAUCAAAUCAAUGAUCCAAAAUGAUUUUUUCUCUUUCUUUACAUAUCGUAAUAAAUGUCCGUUCGGGUCAAAGACUUGCUAGUGGUCAAUUAAACACAAGAAAACCCUACUGUUUGGCCUUAUCUAUGCAACAUAUAAAAAACAUAAAAAGAAUUCCAAAAUUUAAGAAAAUAUUUUUCACAAUUUGGCUUUUGUUUGAAAACCUAGAUAAAUCCUUCGUAUUGAAGUUGCCAAAAGGUCAAGAGUGGUAUGGAUAAGAGUGUCUAAAUCAGCUAUGCUACUUUUGUCUAUAUCAUUCAAGUGGAAUGUCUGUUGGUUGGAAAGGACUUUUUUAGGCCUGGAAAACAUUGUGUAUUUAUAUUUAACACCUACUACUUGAUGCCCAUGACAACAUAACUGCACCCUGGCUGUGCAAUACUGUUUUCUGUUUUUUUAAGAAUUCUUUUUGAGAGUUUGGUGCCUUAUAAAGUGGAAACAAUCUGACUUUGGUAGCUGCACCAACCAUUAAGUAUGAUGGGUAUUGAAUUGAAAUUUCAGGAACUAUCAUAUUUUAUGUAUAGCCUUGUUGUCGAAUGCAAGGUAGUUCGAUGUGCAAAGUUGUGUCCCUUGUUAGUGUUAGGAUCCUCUAAUUGUCAGCUUGAAUCCCAGAUUCAUCCUGAUUAUUAUGUUAAAUUUGGUUGCGCCAUAUCCAUGAUUUAUCAAAGGAACACUUCCUCUUUAUCUCCAGAGCUCUCACAAUCUGAAUUACCUGCCCUUGAUUUCCAUCAGCCUAUUUUGAAUUGCUACCCUGUCAGUCUUAACGGACCAAUCAGAAUGCAGGUUACAAACAAGCCUCACUGUUGGGUUGGAGAAUUCAACUAAAUGGAGGCCAGUCCCUUUAAUUACGAUAGAGUAUGCGAGAAAGUCAACAUUGAAAAGCUGACUGACCUGCAGAAGAAAGCCCCCCAAUUUUUUUGAUUGAAGGGAUGUCUUUGGGUCUACCUCUGCUACCUAUUCCUUAUUCCUAAUCUUGACAUUUGAUGGGCAGUAAAAUGUUAAUGAAAAUCAAGGGUGGAUAAUUUGAGAUUGUGAAAAGCACAGGAAUUGAUUCGGGAGUUAGGUUCGUGUAGGUUGAUGGAUUUUCAAACCCUGGAGAGAUAGAGUAGGGAAAGAACUCUACACUCAGCGUUACUGUUGGCUUGACUAGCUGAAGCUGACAAGCUGUGAUUAUAUAUCCAAUGUAUCAUAUCUCCAUUCUGUUAUGUUAUGGACCUCGACCCAAGCCACCUUAGAUUCGUUUUGAGGCUUGUUUUAAUGACAAGAUUCUUAAAAUAGACGUACAGUCAAAUUAUACUGUUUCGUUCAUGAUUUAAACAAGCAGCCAUUUAUAUCACCAGUACUUCUGCAUGAUGUGCAUAAAUAAUUCCCUCCUCGUCAUAAUACUCACUGAGCUAUACCGUUAUUUGUUAAAGGCUUGUGAUUUGUUAGAUAUAUUGAGGCACGUGGCUGUGACUUAAGAUUUAGAUCUAUGCUGAACACCCAUUCAGAAUAGGUGUUUUGAUUGGUUGUUGAUUUAGCUCAUGGGUGAUGUCAAUUCUGUGCUAUGCUUGUGAUAAGGUGAUAGGUCAUUUCCAAAAAGAAGGUAUGGUGGCAGAUGGGUCUAGGCUAUUGGUCAUAAUAACAUGGACAUAUGAAACACUAGAUAAUCGAGGGGAACUCAAAUACUGGUCACAGAAUGCAACCCAUUAGCUAGGGCUUUCUAAUAUGUUAGCCUUGUUGACGGUUUGUCAGACUGGUAAACAAAUAUUUAGAGGUUAUAUUGUAAUUUUCAGUUGUAGACUUCUGUCGAUUUCAUGCUGUAGGCUGGUGUAAUCGGAUCUUACUGGUUCCAGUCUUUUAAAUAUAAUUUUGCAUUUGAUUUUUAAAUUUCUGUUAUUUUUUUUAAGUUAAAAAAGUACCUUAUGUUUUCAUACAGUUGAUGCCUAAUAUUUUGAGAUUAUUUGUUUUGUUCUGCAGUCAGUUUUUGUAAAUUCUGCAACCAAAUUAUGAUAAUUCUCCACACAGUUCUGCCAAUUUCUAUGGAUUUUUUUUGUGAAUUUUGUAGUUUUGCACGUUUGACUAAUGGCAGGCGUUUUUGUGAUAAACUUAUUCACAACUUGAAUAGCUUAUUGAAGUGAAUCUGAAGAUCACUAUUGUAAACAUACAGACAUGCUCUUUUGGCAAGCAAUAAUUUAAAAGUCAACCUCAAAACGAAAUGAGUAUGUGUUCACAUGUUUACAACUUUCGACUCACAUGUUAGAAUUCUGCAGUGUAUUUGAUGAAGUCUGCGGCAGAUAAAUGCAAAUUUCUGCACAGGCUCUGCACAAAGUGUGAUUUUCUUCUAAAUACCGGGGUAGGUACAUUUCUUCACAUUUCUGAAAAAUAUUCCGCGACUUUGGAAAACAGCGGAAACUGAUGUAAUGGAUACAGCAGAUGUUGGCAGCUCCCAAAAAUAGAAUGUGAGAUGCCAAUGUGUGCAUUUGUUGAAAAUAUCCGUUGCAAACAUUUUUUUGAUUGUUGAAAAUGACAGCUAUUGGAUUGUCGCUAUGAAUUUGUUUUGUAGAUUUGUGGAUUUUACUUUUUUGUACAGUUUUUGGAUCAAAUUUUUGUUUUGAAACAUGAUUUUAGAUUUUCUGCUUGCAAUCUAAUUUUGGAAUUAUGACCAUUUUACAGUAUCAACAUAUCAGCAGUCUUGUUUGAGAUUUCUGUUGACGAGGAAAAAUUGAGUAUGUUCACGAACCAAGACAAAAUAUUAUGUAGAGUGAAAAAUAGGAGACAGUUUUAAGAAAUCGGCAAGCAGCACUUGUCAGCUAAUCCAGAAUUGGAGACUGACUCUAUAACCAAAGCUGAGACAAACCUUUCUCUCAGUUGUUCAUGUAGUGAUCUCAUGAAUGUACUUUAAAGAAUAUGUCGGACAACCCAAUACUUGAAUUUUAGGUUCAACAUCUUUCGAAUUACACCAAAUCGUAAUGGCUGGUGUCUCUGAAUUCAAGUCAAACACUGUUGUGUCGAUGUUGAAGGGACCUACAUAUAUACUUCAAGUUGUCCGAAGUUUGACACAAUCGAAAAAUAAACUCGGCAUUCAUUUACCGAUUGGCACGAAGAAUGACAAAACUCAUGUGACAACAACUAACGAUAAAAUGAAAUAAAUAUUGACUUAACAGGGUAAAUUGGUGCGGGAACUAAAUGUUUAGGACUCGAAAGACAAUUGGAGACAACUGUAACUUCAAAACAUCCGAUUCAACACAAUUUAAGGUUAAAUAAUGCAGAAUGAAGGUAUAUGCAGGGACCAAGCUUUUAUUUCGGGACAACCGUAAGUUCGACACAGCGGUGUUUGACCACACUUCCGACUUUCUGUCCAUGUGCUGCGUCAAUAAGCAAGACGAACAAAUUGAGACACUAAGCGUUCUAUUGCUAACAAUUGUUAAUUUCACAGAUUAACCAUCUUGUUUGGGUGCAUAAGACACGCCCAUGGCUCACUGAUUAUCAAGCUGUUUUUGUAAAUUGGGUCUUUACACUACCGGCUGUCGUUGCUUUGACGUGACCUAUGGAUAAGAAAUAAAGAGGUUCUGAUACUGGCAACAACAAAAAUUGAGUCGGAGAUAUUUUUCGGGUCAGACGAGUUGUCCAAAACAAAGUAUUAUUGUGACCAAUAUGAGUGUUGUGAAUUCCUUGCUUGGUUCAAAGUGCUAAUGGAAGUCCUGCAUAUCGUAUGUCUGUCUUCAGUGAUGUCUGUUGUCCCCCCACAGCAGUAUCUAUUCUACUUAACAUAGCAAACAUUGAUUGAGACUUAUUGGUCAUUAUGUGUCCUGCGUGUUUCGUAACUCUGUUGCAUGGUGAGAUGGUCUGUGUCCUAUGGUUUAUCAUCCUGUUCUCAACAAUAGCGGGCAGGGCUGGCCGUGUCGUCAGUGGGUCUGCAGUUCGUUGCAUAGAGUUAUGUCCCUUGGUUAUGUGAUUGUGGGUUCGAAUCUCAGUUUCAGCCUGACGUGUUGGUUUUUCAGCACCGUACUUCUAUUGGGAUAUUGCUGAGCGUGGCGUGGUUCCAACUUGCUUUAAACCUGACUAACACACUCACACAGUCAUUGUCCAGUAUUGUAUGACUAUAUUAUCGCGGUAUCAGUAAAUCUCGUAAUCCACAUCCCCUGGCGACUAUUUACUUAUGCAAAUCUCAGCACAAUAUUUCAUCACUUGAUCGAAUAUAGGACUCUUUGCGGUAGGCCUAUGUCACAGCUCGUAAGUAUACAGGUUUACUUUUUAUGUUAGUUUCUGGAAUGUUUUUGAAGUGGAAUUACCCCUACCUCUAUUCAAAAUGGAUUGCAAAAAAUAUUAUUUGUUUAGGUGAAGUCCCUUGACCCAAACUAGGUCGUAAACAUACUGAUUAUGCAUAAUCCCAAACAGGAAGUGAUGUAAACCACAUAAUUCACACGUAUCACACCUAAAAAAUAGAGAAUUGUCCUCCCUUGAAUCACUUAUGACAGGUACUUUGUUUACUGGACUUGAUGUGUCAUAAGAGUUUAACAAAGAACAAGAAACAUUUACAUAUGAUAUAUAUGCGCCAUUUCAAUCCAUUAUCAGUUGACUACCAUGAUAACAUAGCAAACCAUCCUACCAGGGCCCCUUCCACAAAGAAAUCUUAGCACUUAGACGGUUGCCUUUACCUUUCACCAAUGUUCCGCACAAGUUCCUCUGCUAUUUAUAUCCAUGCUCGUGGGUUUCACCAAAGUGGUAAACGUCUGAGAUUUGGAUCAAUUCGGGCUUUCCCCUCACAUCAAGAUCACACGCCGUGAAAUAACUGGAAUACUGUUCAAAGCGGCGUUAAACCCAACUCACCUACUCCAGUGGUUUUUGUAUAUGUGAUACAUCUUUUGUGAGGGUGUUGGUGUUUUAUGCAUGAGUACACAAGUAAUUUUCUUUUGGGCUUCUCUCAAAACUUUCGUAAUGUGCCUCAUUGGUGUUUUUUAAGGCCUGGUUGGAUUCGAAUGUGUGAAGCCCAUUUCCGGCCCAGUGUUUCAACUUUACUAUUUAUUGGGUGACCUUUUAUCCAAAUGCUCUAUGGGACAGACUUAUUGGUCUAUUAUUUCUGGGGUUUCCGUAGGUCGAAAAAUAAUUCACAUUUCAAAUAUAUUUUUUUAUUUCCUCAAAAUGUUAAGUUGUUUUUCAGAUAAAUUUUCAACAGGUUUUAAUUGUUAUAUUUUAAGUAAUUCAUUUUUAUUGAUAGCGACAGUAAAAGAGUUGCGUUAUUAACAUUUUACUUCUGGUAGGUGGAAUAAAUUUUUUAAAUUCAAAAGUUUUGACCUACAGAUACAUUGACAAAUCUUUAAUAAUCCUGACCAUAUAUAAUCCUGUAGUUUUACCUUUUGUUUUACUGCAGACUCAUAAUAUUUUACCCAUUAUUCCUCAUCAUUUGAUAUUGUAUCCCUCCAUGAAUCAAUUCAUCUCCUGUUUUGUUGGAGAGAGAUCAACGAUUUUCCUUUCAUCUUGCAAAAGUUUUUUCCAAGUUUGUUUUUAUUUUGUCCAGGUGUGAUACCGUCCACUGAGAGCUUUUACGUUUUCAACAUUCUGUUAAGAAAUAGGGGCACGGGUGGCUCAGUCCUCUAUGGCGCCACAAUGCCCUCGGCAGAGUUGUCCUUUAGGCACACCAGGAACCUGUAAUCAUGAGGUCGAAUCUCGGUUCGCCCCGAUUAUGUUUCUAGGUUUGUCAGCACCAUACCCGUUAUCAUGGGUUUUACCAACAUGGUAAACGUCAUCACCUGCAUCACUUUAAUCAUUCCGCCUACAGUCAGCUGACACCUUUCCAACAUUUCUAGCUCCAAAUUUAUCAGGUUGCUUCCAAAUUAAUUAUUUUGUUUAGUUAGUAGUAAUUAACUUGUCAGUGUAGGGUAAGGAAUUCGUAAGAUAAAAGCUGGUCAGCAUUUACAGAAAUAAUAUUGAAGCCAGAUAUUUUAUCGAAACGAAAACUCCACAUAGCAUUUUUAAAGUGACGAUGAGAAUGUUUUGUUAGCUCACCUGAACUUGCCUACUGCCAAAAAACUUGCCUUUCUAUCAUUGAAUAUAACAGGUACUAAUGUGUACAACAUCAAAUGGUCCCUUCGCUCAUCAGUCCUUGUGCUGUCUAUGUUUUACACUUCCAUUUCACGAUAUUGGUUUUACACUGUGUGAUCUGUGUAGUUGUGAUAGAUCGUGUUGAUAUUGUUUGUGUUCUGUGAGUCUUGUAAGUUCCCCAUCGAUUUCUUGGAACAAACUUGGAUUCAGAAGUGAGAAUUUAGGGAGAGAGGGGUCAAAUUGGUAACAACUGUUUCGUCUCUUCACAUGAUGGUAUCCUCCCCAGGGAGCUGAGAAUGUAAAUUCAAUGUACAUCGAUCUGUUGACUUCUAUGUUAUUAUAAGGAGUUGAAUCUCAUCAAACAACACCAGCAUUAGGUGUUAUAUUUUUCAAACAUUCAAUCAUUUUCAAUUCCAGUUGUGAAUUUUACCAAUAUUUACAGUAGACCUGAAAGCUUGGCCCUUGAGUCCAAUGUCAUUUUUGCUCACUGUCAUUAAAACAGCAAACUAAUGCUUUCCUAAAAUAGAAUUUGGCUUUGUGAGAAUCCACCAUCUCAUUGUGUUUGUGGUGGUAUAUUUUCUCAACACCUCAAGAGACAGACUGAAUUAAGGAUUGCAACUUCUAGCUCCUGUGAUUAUCAGACAUAUCGGAGUUGUCUGUCUUAGUAUUUCUUGCAGUGUGUCUAAGGCACCGCAAUUUGAUGUGCAGAGUUACCUCCCUUGGGCGUUCCAGAAUCCCAUGAUCAUGGUUUCUAAUUCUGAUUCACCUGAUUAUGUUUCAAGGUUUGUAAGCAUCAUAUCUGUGCUUGUGUGGUUCACUAAAAUGAUCGAGUGCAUCACUUCAGGCUUUCUUCCCACGUCACGCUGGCCAUGCUGUGCUAUACUCCCUCACUGUUCACUGUGGAAACUAUGGGAGAUCAUGGCCACUAUAGGCAACUCAGGGAUGUAGAUUAGUCACUCCAGGCAACCAAUAGUUUUGAGCAUAUACUCCAUAAUUGAAUUGAAUUUUUUUAUGGUUUGAUAAUGUUGAUGACUGUUGAAAGUCAAUUUCCCAAAUUUGUCUGUUCUGAAAUUUUAAACUCCCUUUUUGAGAGAUUUGUGUUUUUUCCUUCACAAACUUGUCAGAUGAGAUGGUAUUAGCUGGUUUAUUUUAUUGUCAGUUUGUGACCAAGGGUAAAUCUUUCAACCUGACUUUAGUUCCCAAUUUUAAACCAUUAAAAUGAGGCAACACUAUUGUUCUUGCAGUUGAUUCUGAUCAGUAAUUCACUGGCCAUUCUGAACAUGCAUUUUAAACAAGUAAACCUAAUGUACUAUAGGCCAUUGUGCAAAAUUAUAGAGAAAGUAUACCAUAAUGGGUUUGAAGUUGGAGAAAUCACUUGAAUUUUGUUCAUUCCGAGUGUCGGAUCAACUCAAUCAUUCUAAUUUCGAAAUCAACAGAUUCUCAUGAUUUCUCCAUUACAAAACACGUGAAGAUCCGGGGUAGUAUAGGUCUUCAGCAACCCAUGAUUGCCGUAAAAGGCGACUCUGCUUGUCGUAAGAGGCGUCUGACGGGAUUGGGUGGUCAGGCUCUGUGACUUGGUUGAUGCAUGUCAUUGUGUCCCAAUUGCGUGGAUCAAUGCUCAUGAUGACAAUCACUGGACUGUCAGGUCAAGACUCAAUUUGUUACAGAGCGCAGUCAUAUAGCUUGAAUAUUGCUGAGUGCGGCAUUAAACAACAAACAAACAAAACAAAUCUCCAUUACAAAAUUACUUUACAAUCCAAAUAUAUACCAAAGAUAGCAGUACAACUUUUAGAAAACUAUUGCAACUUCAUGAACGCAUAAUAAAAAGGAGUUGGAAUACCGUCUUCAAUAACUGUAUUGUUGCUGUGAGUCUAAAUGGCGCAUGUGCCUGUGUGCAAAGAGGACUGACUUGUCCGAAAUAUUAUCCCUGGUUUGGGUGGCUAACCACUUUCACAAAUAUGUCUCUGCACAUCAUCAAUACAGCUGUUCACUUGUAGUGUGCAUGGUCAUUUUCAUCAGCCUUGUGAAGGUGAGCUGCAAUAUUGGAAACUCUCUUAAAAUUUCACAUUCUUUCCUGGGGCAACUUCUUCCAUUGAAAUGGUUUUUGAUAUUCAGUAAGCAAUGCUUAACGGUUAGGUACUUCAUUAUACAUACACAUGUGAGACUGAACCUCUUGUUCAAUGUCAAGAAGAUGGCAGGACAAUCUGGAGCAGCUGGGUGUAUCUGAAUGUGGAUGGUUCGAAGUUGGUGCAAAUGUAUUCUCAUUAUAUUUGUUGUGAGAAUAAAUGUUGUCUAUUUUUUA